UUCUGAAAGUCGCAAGCUGAUGACGUUUAUCUGUUAUUAACUGUGCAUUUCCGGUUACAGGGUACCUCCGUGCGCGUGUGUUCAGUGUGAGUUGACAAUCUGUAGUUUUUUAAUCGAUAUUUCUCAUCAGAUCGUAAAUGGAUGAGAUAUGUUCCACGGGCCAGGUGUCGUUAUCAGCGAUGCUGGUAACGACUGAUCUGGUGACUCCUGCGUCUCCCAAUUCCAGCAUCAAACCACCCGCAAACCAGGCGUCUCAGGCUCGGGGGAAGAAGCGGCCGGCGAGUCCUGCAAACAACAACGUUGGAGCGGCUGCAGCUUUCUUCAACAAGAAGAAAAAACUCACAUUUACUACGGCUAGCACUGAGGUGCAGCAGCUGCCAUUGACUGUGGAUCCAUCUGGAGAAAUUAAAACUAUGGCUGCAGAUCCCAGCACAGCACCAGUUGAACCAACAGCCAAACCACAAUCUUUCAAGGACCCAAACUUUGUACACUCUGGGAUUGGAGGUGCAGCCGCCGGGAAGAAGAACAGGACCUGGAAGAACCUGAAACAAAUCCUCACUGCCGAGAGGGCAUUGCCAUGGCAACUAAACGAUCCGAACUACUAUAAUAUUGAUGCCCCUCCCUCCUUCAAACCAACUAAGAAGUACUCAGAUAUUUCUGGACUUCCUGCCAAUUACACAGACCCCCAGAGCAAGCUGAGGUUCAGCACUGCGGAAGAGUUCUCCUACAUCAGGAUGCUCCCUGCUGAUGUUGUGACUGGAUACCUCACUUUACGGAAGGCAACGUGCAUCGUCCCGUGAUCGGGGCAGGACAGUUCAUCCACUGUCUUUUGAAUAUAAGAAUAUAAGAACAUUAGAAAAUGUACCAACAACAGAAGGACAUUUGGUCCUUCAGUACGGUUCUUAGUAGAUGACUGAUCUCAAAACUUUGUCAAGGUCUUGAAGGAUUCCAACUGUUCAAAAUCUACAUGGCUAGGUAACCCAUUCCAUUCCUUCGCCACUCUUUGUGAAGAAAUGUCUCCUACCUUCUGCUGCCUUCUUAAUUUCUAACUGUGUCCUCUUCUGGUUUCUGUGCUGUGGUUAAAGUAUUGGUUAGGGUUAACUUUGUGGUUCAACUCCUUUCAAGUCCCACCUUAAUUCUUAGUUCUACGCUGAAUAGAUUCUGUUACUUCAACAUAUAUUUGUAGGUCUUUCCUUUAAGCUUUGGGAUUAGUCUGGUCACUCUGCUUUGGACUCUCACCAAGGCCACAAUAUCAUUUUGGUAAUGUGACCAGAAUUGAACACAAUAAACAGAAGGCCACAUUCUGGCCUUGUGUACAGCCAGCAUAAUCCAACUGCAGGAAACCUAAUACAGAAUACAUUUUCCUGCUAUGGGAUAUUAAGUCAUUUGCUACCCAGCUUUAAUUUUAGUAAUUUGACUUUGAAGGCAAAAUCGCUUUCUUUUCAGGGAUGUUUGACUGAUAUAAUAUAAACUUUCCUAUGUUAUAUAGCCUGCUUAUUACUUUUAACAAUGCUUUGUGCUUCAAUGGGUACUACAUUUUACAUGGCUAAUGAGGAUUUCUGUUUCUAAUGAUUACUUGGUGUGUAUAUAUAUAUAUAUAUAUAUAUAUAUAUAUAUAUAUAUAUAUAUAUAUAUAUAUAAUUAUAUGUUUAGUGUAAGUAUUUAUCUUGACGGAAGCAAUUGACAAAACCUUACCUCCGAUAUUCGUUUAGACAGGAUUUGAUGUUUGUAGGUGAAGAUUUGACAUCCCGAAUUGACCUGCAAAUAGUAAUUCUGAUGGCUGUAAAACAUUUAGCAGGUUUGCAUCUCAUCAUUUCUUUCAGUGAAUAGUUUGCACACAUUUUUUGGCCAUUAUUGUUUAAUUUAAUUUUUUGCUGACUUCCUCAAGUUGUUUCAAUUUGUAAAUUAUGUAAAUAACUAAAACUGUAAUUAUGAACUUACUUUGUUUUGUUUAUUAAAAUAAAAGUGAAUUUAUAGUUUUCUUUGUUGUUUUUUAAUACAAACUUAAUGCAUAUAAAAAGUUUAUUACUGUAUGUCUGGAAGGAAGGUGUUUCCUCCUUUUGUGUUUGAUGAUACAUGUGAUGGAGAAAGGGGUUCCAGUGUGGAUGUAAAGUACUUGCAAAAGAAGAGCUGUGAACUCAUGGUAAAAACAUGUCUGAAGAUGAAAUAGCAUCUAUUCUUUUGUGUGUUUUAAGUUUAGAAAUACUUGGGUUUUUAUUCAUCAAGAAGACAAUGUUUUGACUUACAGCUGCUUUCACAGGCCACCUUGCCUAGUCUUAAACUAUUUUUUUUUUUAUUUAGUCACUUUUUUCUAAAUAGACAAGGGGUUAUUCAAUCUAGGUUUUCCAGGUCCCGAUUGUAACAUUUCUGUAAAGAAGCUAUUUUCCUCCAAAGGAGAAAAAUUAUUUGACGUUUAUAAUAAAACUGUUCUCUCGCUAAUCAUGCAAAGGUGAGUUGACUGGCACUCCCCCAAAUUAUAAUUUUGUAAUUGCUGUUUCAUUUAAGCAUUUUUACUGUAAGUUGUAACAACAAAUGUCUAUUGAGAUCUUAAAAAAUACAGACUCUUUUAAAUAAAGAUCUGAUUUCUCCUG